CUGACGCGCACCGCGGAGGAUGAACAAAACCCGUCUGAAAACCACUCGAAGGGACACUGAGAUAAAAGUGCGAGGGAAGACUGGAGACUCUUCAGACCGACUACCAGACUACUCAGAAACUCAGCGCUGUACUCGUCUUGAGGGCUCAACCCGGGGGAUGGAGCCGCAGCGGGGUCUGAGACUUCCAUAAAGGAGGAUUGCACUUUCUUUUUUCACUAAAAAACAGACUCGGACAAACAUCGGACAUAAAUCCUCCAUGUAGCUGAACAAAAUGCUGACUCCUUGUUGAGGGUCAGAAAAUGAAUGCCUCCUCCUGCUGUGAACCUCCAGUCACUAUGUAUCAACAGAGCUCGGGAUACGACCUCAAUUCUAGCUGCGAUUGGCUGGCUCCUCACUGUAACUGGACAUCAGUGGACAAAGCACUGCAGCUUCCCACCUUUUCCACAGCAGCUAAAGUCAGAGUGAUCAUUACUUUCAUCCUGUGUGGUAUAUCCUCUUUCUGCAACUUGGCUGUGCUGUGGGCAGCCAGUGGCCACAAACGCAAAUCCCACGUCCGAGUGCUGAUCGUCAACUUGACUGCAGCCGAUCUCUUGGUUACCUUUAUCGUGAUGCCAGUGGAUGCAGUGUGGAACAUCACAGUUCAGUGGCUGGCUGGCGACCUGGCCUGCAGAUUCCUGAUGUUCCUCAAGCUUCAGGCCAUGUACUCCUGUGCCUUUAUCACAGUAGUGAUUAGUCUGGACAGACAGUCGGCAAUCCUCAACCCUCUGGCCAUCGGCAUGGCCCCGCAAAGGAACAGGGUCAUGCUGACGGUGGCGUGGACUAUGAGCGCCUUGUUCUCGAUCCCUCAGAUGUUCAUUUUCCGUAAUGUGACCAUCACCUAUCCUGCAAACUUUACUCAGUGUACCACUAGGGGGAGCUUCGUCACUCACUGGCAAGAAACGGCCUACAACAUGUUUACCUUCUCCUGCCUCUUCUUGCUGCCGCUGGUCAUAAUGAUUAUCUGCUACACCAGGAUCUUCAUCCAGAUCUCCAAGCGGAUGACAAAAAAGAGCUUGUCCCCCAAUGAGCCACAUCUACGCUGCUCAAAGAACAACAUUCCCAAAGCACGAAUGAGAACUCUUAAAAUGAGCAUAGUCAUAGUGAUCUGCUUCAUAGUCUGCUGGACUCCGUACUACCUGCUGGGUUUGUGGUACUGGUUCUUCCCAGACGACCUAGAAGGGAAAGUCUCUCACUCCCUCACUCACAUCCUGUUCAUCUUUGGGCUUUUCAACACCUGCUUGGACCCCAUCAUCUACGGCCUGUUCACCAUACGCUUCCGCAAGAGGCUGAGGACCUGCUACCGCAAAACCGCAGUGAUGUCAGAUAAGGAAACCAAUACCACGGUGAUAACGGAGUCUUUGAAAUGCACUGCCAAAGCUUCACCUUCUAAAAGAGGGAUGACUUCUGGGGAAAAUGACAGCAACUGUGCACAGCUUGGGCCGAAAUCCACUGACAGCAGGUGUCUGACUGUGUCAGUGGAAGAGGAGGAGGAGGGCAGUCAUGCCAUGUCAGUACAUAGAGCUCAACAUGAUGAGAAAAACAGAGUAGAAACAGAAAUCUAACACCGUUUCUUGAACUGGUUGAAUAAUUUCACAACCAAACCUAACAUACAUGUAUAAAAUAAGUCUGGAAGCAUCACACAUCCAUCUCCUUGUGGACUUAUACAUGUUUGUCUCUGGGUGUGUUUUUGUGUGUGUCUGCUGCGUGGGUCUGUCGAUCUUACUUCAGGGUUAUAUAACAUCUGUCAUCAUACGACAACUGCUGUCUGAUGGUUUGUGUGCUGGGGAACUGGCUCCCAUUUUGAGAUAAAUCUGCUAUAUGAAAUAUUCAUUCAGCAGUCUGUGGAGAUAGUUUCAGCACUAAAUGGGAAAUAGAAGUUGAUUGUUGGGUUACACAACAGUGCUGUGGAGACGUACGCAGUUACACAAAGCUCUAUAAGGGAGCCUUAAAUGACUUUUAGGGAUUUGCAGCCAUAACAACAUGAGAGCUUUUUAGAGAUGUAUUCAUCCAGUCCAUUCCCUCUGGAAAAUGAAGGACCAUCAUGUCAGUCAGACAGCAUUCACAUGGUGCGUUGAUCUUAGUCUGCCAUAAGCCACAGCAUUGUUUGUGUAAUGAGGAAAACUGUGAUUGAGAGGUAAAAACAAGAUAAUGAAAGGAACUCUAUCAGCAGCCUGGUGCAGAAAACUAUCAAGGUCACAGACACAAACAGAAACAAAAUCCCCAGAUUAAAUCUAAUCCAUUCCCUCAAUCAAACUGUCACUGCAACUUUUUAUUAUGUGUGGAUUCCUAAACAGAUAAAUACUCGGA